AUGCCCAAAGAGUCACGACAGCAACGCAUCGACCGCUACAUACUAUCGGCUGACCCCAAGGUGGCCAAAGCCAACGAUGUGGACGACAGCACCAAACGGUUCAAAUAUCUUUUAGGACUUACCGACCUUUUUCGCCACUUUAUUGAUAUCAACGCCUCCAAAGAUCCCAAAUUCAAGAAACUCGUCAAGCAGAUCGACUCGCAAAUCGAGUUUGAACAGCCUAACAAAAAGAAGAAACAGCGGAGACGCAAAACUGAAAAAGAAGAAGACGCCGAAUUGUUGGAAGAUGAAGAACAUAUUGACGACGACGAGUCCCAUCUGACCAUCAUCACGGAAUCCCCGCUGUAUAUCAAGGACGGAACCUUGCGUGAGUACCAGAUCCAGGGGUUGAACUGGCUCAUCUCCUUGUACGAAAACCGACUCAGCGGCAUACUCGCCGACGAAAUGGGGUUGGGAAAAACUCUUCAAACGAUUGCAUUUCUCGGGUAUCUUCGCUACAUCAAAAAUAUCGACGGCCCCUUCAUUAUAAUUGUGCCCAAGUCGACUUUGGACAACUGGAGACGAGAGUUCGCCCGGUGGACCCCAGAAGUCAAGGCGGUGGUUCUACAGGGAAACAAAGACGACCGGGCGGAAUUCAUCAAAAAUUGCCUUUUGCAGGCGGAUUUCGACGUUUUAAUCACCUCGUUUGAAAUGGUGAUGCGUGAAAAGUCCCAGCUCAAGAAGUUCAGAUGGCAGUAUAUUGUGGUGGACGAGGCUCAUCGAAUAAAGAACGAAGACAGUUCGUUGUCGCAAAUCAUCCGGUUGUUUUACUCGAAAAAUAGGCUCCUCAUAACCGGUACUCCCCUCCAAAAUAAUCUCCACGAACUCUGGGCUUUGCUCAAUUUUCUCCUUCCUGAUGUUUUCGGCGACUCCGAGGUGUUCGACGAAUGGUUCGAAAGCCAGGGCUCGAAGGAAGAAGGUAACCAAGACAAAGUUGUCCAGCAGUUGCACAAAGUGUUGAGUCCAUUUCUUCUUCGGCGUGUAAAAUCGGACGUGGAAACUUCGUUGCUUCCCAAAAUAGAAACCAACGUCUACUGUGGAAUGACAGAAAUGCAAAUUCGAUGGUACAAAAAACUCUUGGAAAAAGACAUCGAUGCAGUCAAUGGCGUUGUAGGUAAAAGAGAAGGUAAAACAAGACUUCUCAAUAUAGUGAUGCAGUUGAGAAAAUGUUGCAACCAUCCAUAUUUAUUCGAUGGAGCAGAACCUGGCCCACCAUAUACUACCGACGAACACUUGGCGUACAAUUCUGGCAAAAUGAUAAUAUUAGACAAAAUGUUGAAAAAGUUUCGUGAACAAGGCUCUCGUGUGUUAAUUUUUUCUCAGAUGUCACGUUUACUAGACAUUCUCGAGGAUUACUGCUACCUACGUGACUACGAAUAUUGUCGUAUCGACGGCUCCACUGCACAUGAAGACAGAAUUGAAGCCAUUGAUCUGUACAAUGCUCCCGACCUGGACAAGUUCAUUUUUCUAUUGACGACCAGAGCCGGUGGUCUUGGAAUCAAUUUAACAAGCGCGGACAUUGUGAUUCUUUACGACUCUGAUUGGAAUCCCCAAGCUGAUUUGCAAGCCAUGGACAGAGCCCACAGAAUCGGUCAAAAGAAGCAGGUUCAUGUGUAUCGAUUUGUGACAGAAAAUGCAAUCGAAGAAAAGGUUUUGGAGAGAGCCGCGCAAAAGCUAAGAUUGGAUCAAUUGGUUAUCCAACAAGGUCGACAAGUAACCAAUGCUAAUGCCAUAGGGAACUCCAAGGAUGAUUUGCUCGGUAUGAUCCAGCAUGGUGCCCAGAAAGUUUUCGAGUCUCAGAGCGGCUCUUCUUUGUUAGACGAUGACAUCGAAGCGGUCUUACGAAGGGGUGCUGAAAAGACGGCGAAUUUGAAUGCUAAAUUUAACACUUUGGGCUUGGAUGAUUUGCAAAAUUUCACUUCGGACUCAUCUGCGUACACAUGGAAUGGCCAGAAUUUUGCAAAGAAAGAUCAUUCUAAUGGAUUGGGACUAACCUGGAUCAACCCAUCCAAGCGAGAAAGAAAAGAACAGACGUAUUCUAUCGACAGUUACUACAAGGAUAUGUUGAAAACCACCCAGAAAGGUAAUGGAAAAUCUCUCACUAAUACCAAAGUCAGAGCUCCAAAAGUCUAUAAUGUGCAAGAUCACCAGUUCUUUCCUGAAGGUUUGAAGGAGUUGUUGGAAAGAGAGCAGCUUUCUUUCAAGAAGGAAAUUGGCUACCGUUUCAGUCUAGACGAAUUUGGCGAUAGCGAUGAAGAGUUUUUAGCAGAUGAGUUCAAAAAGGAUGGGUUGUCACGCGAAGAGAAGCGGAGAAUGGAGCAGGAAAAGAUUGACAAUGUGGUACCACUAACUGAGGAAGAAGUCGAGUUGAAGAAUAAAUUGUUGGAGCAGAGCUUUCACAAUUGGACCCGUCGUGAUUUCACAAACUUUAUACAUGCUUCAGCGAAGUAUGGAAGAACUUCAUAUGACAAGAUCGCACAAACUUUGGGCAGCAAGACGCCCGAGGAUGUCGAGAGAUACCUGAAAAAGUUUUGGGAGUCGUAUUCGUUAAUUGACGGAUACGAAAAGUAUAUUUCGCAGAUUGAAAGCAGUGAAAAGAAGUUUGCAAAAUUGCUGAACCAAUGGAGAUUGCUCAAUCUCAAGCUUGACCCGUUGGAUGAUCCCUUGGAGGACCUCAAAAUCCAAUAUCCCCCUAACAACUCCAAGCGAAUUUACUCGAAACUUGAAGACCGGUUCAUCUUGUACUGUGUUCAUAAAAUUGGUCUUUUCAGUGAAAACUUGGCGGAUAGAAUCAAGGAAGAAAUAGCAAAGAGCGAUUUGUUCAAAUUUGAUUGGUAUAUCAGAUCCCGUACUCCGCAAGAGUUGGGAAGGAGAGUGAACACGCUUCUUCUUGCCAUAACGAGGGAACUUGAAGGACCGGCAAAUUUGAGAAAGAAAGGAAAGCUCAGCAACUCCAAUAGUAGUUCGCGAGUCGGCUCGGUAGAACCUUCUGGGAAUGGAACAGCCAAUGGAAACAAACGUUCCAGGGAGGUAACUGCGGGUCCUGACAAGAGAAAAAAGGUUUAA